UAGCUCGCAGCAUCAUUCAUAAUUUGCCAAAAUGGCGUCGUCAUCGGGGCCUGUUGGACGAAAUAUCCGAAAAAGUAAAUGGGCAAUCGACUUCUCAAAUAGGUCUCGAGGGGGAGGUGACCGACAGUUGAUGCCUGUGCACACAGACCUGACAGCUCCACUCGGUUAUUCAUCAAGUGUUCAAGGUGUACAUAGCCACAGAGAAUCUGAUGCCGAUUUGCUAGUAAAGAGGUCAUGGGAUGUAGCGCUUGGCCCAAUUAAGCAGGUGCCCAUGAAUCUGUUCAUCAUGUGGAUGGCUGGCAGUACAAUUGGUAUUUUCCCAAUCAUGAUGGUCGGCAUGAUGUUCAUCAGACCGAUCCAGGCAAUGAUGGGUGCUCAGCAAACUUUUAAAAUGAUUGAGGGAAAUCAACAGUUGGCACAGCGAUUUGUUUAUCUCCUUGGGAAUGUAUUAUGCGUGCUGCUAGCUGUUUAUAAAUGUCAUGGGAUGGGAAUAUUACCGACACAUGCGUCAGAUUGGCUAGCGUUUGUGGAACCACAAAAAAGAUUGGAAUAUUCUGGAGGAGGCAUGCUGUUAUGAGGCUGAACCAAGAGGGACCAUCAAAAUACAUGUGUAGUGACUUCAUCAAUAUCAGUUUCGUUACCACUUUUGGACUGUUGGAAAUUUGACCAAUAUUCUCUGGGCACCUGACUAUAGAUUCAUGCACUUGAUUGGGAACAACGUUUCCGAAGAAGUCGCAUCACAUCACUAUAAUGUAAAACUGUCGGAGCUGCAAUUUAUCGUGACAUGACGACGGCCAACACUAUAUAAACGUUGUUCCCAAUCAAGUGUAUGAAUCUAGAGUAUCAUGUAAACAUUGCAUUUUCCAUUCAUCAGUCCAUUCAACUUCUUGAAGCCUAAGUUGAUUCACAAUAGCUUUUUCCUUGCAUCUUUUUGGGCUUUUGUUAUCAUAGCUGAACAGAACACAAAAGUACUAUUAUCAAAGCUCGUGCAUGCCUUAAUAAUGUAUUCAGUUUGAUUACAAAUUUUUCCCCACUGCCUGUCGGUAAUUCUUUGCAUGCAUAGGCUGGCUCAAACUUUUCACAGCUUUAUGCUGGCAUCAACUUUCGAUAAUCUCAUGUUUCAACCUAUUUAUUUUGAUGGCUACUUUCUGUUAGAGGAAAAAUAAACUCUUCUAACUUGUCUACUUUGUAAAUGUUUGUACAUUGUUGCACUCAGGAACCCAAUUGCAUAUUCAAAAUACAUGUUAAACUUGUUUAGUUUAAUGCCUUGAAGAAAAAAAAACUGGUUGUUAGAAAUUUCCCAAAAUGUGACAAUCCACACUAUUUUGGAGUGUCACUGCUAGUCGUCAUGACCAGUUUGACAGCAACCACAAAAUUUGAGCAAAUGAGCAAAUUCACCAAAUUUUGGCAUCUUGAACUGUUUCAAGUGGCAGUAUGUGUAAGGUAAAUUCUUCAGCUCAGUGCAACAAGGAGUUCUAGUUGAUGUCUUCUCACCUUUGAUCAGCGUUGUAACUGCCACAUUACUGACUGUGGGGCUUGCAUAUUUUCAGGGUCUCGGCCAAUUUUCUGUUCGCUUUCUAUUUCUCUAUUUCUGUUGUGAAGUAAAUUAUCUAUUGAAGUAGGGCCUACCUGGUAGACACAGUCUAUUAAGUGGUUGUUGUUUUGCUAAAAUAGUUGGAUUGGAAUUAUUAAAAAACGUGUCAUGUUUUGGAAUUUUCAUUCCAGAACGACGACAGUUUUGGCAAAAUGAUUAUAACUUGCAGUCAUUCUGUCUGUGACAGUAGAUUAUGUACAGCCUUGAUGUCCUCUUUCACAGAUUUAUGGUUAUGUCUUAAAUUGAAAUAAAUAUUUCUGUUGA